UUGAGCAUUUUAUAAACCGAGCAAAGCAGCUUGUUCGUCCCAGAUCCAGUCUUCUGACACCUGAGACAUCAUGCCACUCAGUGCCCACCUUCUGCUGGCUGUAACUGCCAUCUUCUGCUUUGCCAGCAUAUAUGCUAUACCAAUGGGAAUGACCAGCGGUCACCAGUGCCGCUGUCUAACCACCACAGACGUCGAAAUUAACCAACGAUGGCUCCAGAAAAUGGAGAUCGUGCCUGCCGGGCCGCACUGCCGCAACACUGAAAUUAUAAUCACGCUGAAGGACAAAAAAAUGGUGUGUGUGGUCCCAGAGUCUCAGUGGGUCCAAAACAUCAUCAAAAAAUUAUAUAAAGGCAAAGGUGUGAAGAAAUGAGAAACGCCGCCUGCGCAGCCUGAAGAUGAAAGUGAAUUGUACAAUUUCUCUUUACUCAAAAUGAAAGCAAGCUGAGAAUCUGAUUAAGUAUGAUUAAGUUGAAACUGAUGAAACCUGCUUUUGCAUUUUAAAAUACAGCUACACUGCUUAAAAUGGUUUUGAUUUGAUGUAAUUAAUAAAAAACUAUUUGAAAAAAUUUGAGUGACUACUG